AAUUGGUCAAAGAAAAAAAAAGAAAGACAAAGAGGAUUGAACGGUAGACGUAGACGCCAUUGGAGUUUGAAAGGGAAUUAGUCGACGUUUUAUGGAUCAUUGUCGUUUCGGUGUCAUUUUCUUCUUCUUCUUUCGCUAGCACGAUUUAAAGCCUGACUAGAUCCAUCAUCGGCCAUGGAGGAUUCUACAGCCACGGCUACGUCUUCGUCUUCCACUCAUUAUUUCUCCAUUUUCACGAAUUAUCCUCUCAUUUCCGCCGUCACCUCUUUCACUAUCGCUCAAUUCAUCAAACUCUUCACCUCCUGGUAUAGGGAACGGAGAUGGGAUCUCAAACAGCUUAUUGGGUCUGGAGGAAUGCCUUCUUCGCAUUCAGCGACCGUUACAGCUCUCGCUGUAGCUAUUGGUUUACAAGAAGGCUUUGGUGGAUCACAUUUUGCCAUUGCUUUGAUUUUGGCAUCUGUUGUGAUGUAUGAUGCUACCGGUGUUAGAUUACAUGCUGGUCGUCAAGCUGAGGUUCUCAAUCAGAUUGUAUAUGAACUUCCUGCAGAACAUCCGCUGGCUGAAAGCAGACCUUUGCGGGAACUUCUUGGUCAUACCCCUCCCCAGGUCGUUGCUGGUGGAAUGCUUGGAAGUGCUACAGCAGUCACCGGAUACUUAUUUUUCAGGAUAGCUACAAGCUAACGUCAAGAACAUGCAUAGACACAACUCUUCUGCUUCAUUGCCUAUUGAAGCCACUGGAGAGUACCAAAACAGAUUUACAACCGAAUCCGAGUUAAAAAUAUAUUUAUUCUUGUUUAACAUUACCAUUACCAUAUGUAAAGAAAUCGUGAAACACCAUUACAAAAAUAACGUGAUUUUAUUUGAAAAUAAGUAGUAUACAAAGGAAUUUGUGGAAUAAAAUUGUGAUGUUCAUCAUUGUUUCCCUAGUAUGAUGGUGAAGACAUCUCUCAUGUGCAGAGUAGGAUCCAAAGUAAUACCAGACUUUGCUCGCCAAGCAAUGUGUUGGUCGGGACGGACUAAAAUAGAUCCUCUCUCUGACAUUUUACAAAUACUCCACCACGAAGUUCCUUCACCAUUUUGUUUUUUAACUUCCAUAACAUCGACAUAAUUUUCCCAUGGAGCUAAUGCUGAAUUGCUCUUCCUUUCAAGACCAUCAUCACUACUAGGCCAGACCACGCAUACUUUUACACUAGCCAUAAACUCUUUUGCGACUUUGAAUGUAGCAUGAGCUAGCUCAUAGGACUCUUGUAAUGGCGAUA